AUUUCAGUUGGUGCUUGACAUAUUGCAAGAUUUUGGUCAAUUCGGUGCAUGUGGAUUAAAUAUUAAAUGGAAUUAAGCUUUAAAUUAAUUUAUUAAUUUUUUUUUCGCAAUUAAUUUAAUGUAAAAAUGCCACCGAAACCAAAACCGGCAGCUCCAAGUAAAAAAACUGAGCAAAAAAAGAAAGAGAAAGUUAUUGAGGAUAAAACGUUCGGUUUGAAGAAUAAGAAAGGGGCCAAACAACAAAAAUUUAUUCAACAAGUUGAGAAGCAAGUAAAAACAGGGGGUCAUCACCCAGUAAAAGAAGAUGCCAAGAAAUUAGAGAAAGAGAAAAAAUUAAAAGAUCAAAAAGAAUUAGCCGCCCUCUUUAAGCCGGUUCAAACUCAAAAAAUUGAAAAAGGUGCUGAUCCCAAAUCAAUCGUUUGCGCCUUUUUCAAACAAGGACAAUGUGGCAAAGGAGACAAAUGCAAAUUCUCCCAUGAUUUAUCAAUAGAAAGGAAAGCAGAGAAACGUUCUUUAUACGUUGAUAUGCGAGACAAAGAUGAUGAUGAUACCAUGGAAAAUUGGGAUGAAGACAAACUUAAAGAGGUUAUUGAGAAAAAGCAUGGAAAAGAUAAAAAAAUGCCAACAACUGAUAUUGUAAGUUUAAUAAUAUUUAUUAACAAUCAUUUUUUUUAAAUAUACAUUAAAAUU